AUGGAUAACUUGGUGUAUCUUAAGGUUUCACCCAUGAAAGGUGUUAUGAGGUUUUGUAUGAAGGGAAAACAUAGUCCCCGGUAUAUAGUGCCUUAUAGAAUCUAUAAGAGAGAGGGAUGUGUGGCUUAUGAGUUGGAACUACCGCAAGAGUUAGCGGCGGUUUAUCUGGUAUUUCAUCUUUCUAUGUUGAAGAUGUGCUUGGGUGAUCCUUCUUUAAUAGUACGAACAGAAGAUAUUGGGAUUAUGAAAAACCUAUCUUAUGAAAAAAUUCUAGUUCAGAUUUUGAAUCAUCAAGUUUGCAAGUUGAGGACAAAGGAAGUUGUUUCAGUCAAUGUCCUUUGGAGGAACCAAUUCGUUAAAGAAGCGACUUGGGAAGUUAAGGAAGAUAUGAAGAAGAGAUAUCCACAUCUCUUUGAAUACGGAGAGAAUGCAGAUUAA